AUGAACGGCGCGCCAGGCCCGUUCGGGCAGCCAAAUCCAUGGCAGGAACACAAGACGCCCGAGGGGCGCGUCUACUACUACAACUCGCUGACAAAGGUCACUCAAUGGACCAAGCCAGAGGAUAUGAUGACUCCCGCCGAGCGCGCCCUUGCCAGCCAGCCAUGGAAAGAAUACACGGCCGAAGGUGGCAGAAAGUAUUGGUACAACACAGAGACCAAGCAGAGUUCCUGGGAGAUGCCUGAAGCGUACAGAGUGGCCUCUGGGCAGGAUUCCAUGUCUGGUCCUCAGAAUGGCUACAACAAUUCAGGUUAUGACCAGCGACAUGGGGGCCGAGAACGCGACCGUGACCGAGACCGAGACCGAGAUUACAACCGCGACCGAGACUACAGAGAUCAUCGUGACCGUGACCGUGGACGCGACAGAGAUAGGGAUCGGGACUAUCGCGACGGGCAUCACGAUUCGCGCCACAUGGGCUUCGCAGCGGACCCCCGGCAUCCUGCUUUUGUCCCAGCGAGCAAUGAGCCAGAGUUUGCAUCCCCCGAAGAAGCCGAGGCUGCCUUUGUCAAGCUCUUGAAACGCAGCGGAGUGCAGCCAGACUGGACUUGGGAACAGACAAUGCGUGCCACGAUCAGGGACCCUCACUUCCGCGCCAUCAAGGAUCCUAAGGACAGGAAGGCUGCUUUUGAGCAAUACUGCCAGGACAUUGUCGUGCAGGACAAGGAGAAGGCAAAGGAGCGCCUUGCCAAACUCCGGACAGACUUUGCUACAAUGCUCCGCAGCCAUCCUGAGAUCAAACACUAUACGCGCUGGAAGACGGCUCGUCCCAUGAUCGAAGGGGAAACUAUCUUUCGGUCAACCAACAACGAGGACGAGCGGCGUCAGCUUUUCGAGGACUACAUCGUUGAGCUUCGAAAGCAGCAUGUAGAGCAACAGGCAAGCAUGCGUAAGAGCGCUAUGGACGGUCUGAUCGAGCUCUUGCCAAAGCUCAACCUGGAGCCGUACACUCGUUGGUCCGAGGCUCACAGCAUGCUCAAGUCAAGCGGGCCCUUCCAGAAUGACGAGAAGUAUAAGACUUUGACCGACUUUGAUAUCCUCACUGCUUUUCAGAACCACAUCAAGUUUCUGGAGCGCAACUUCAACGACGCUCGCCAGACUGAGAAGAAUAAGAAGCUUCGGGUCGAACGGAAGCGCCGCGACGCGUUCGUGAAGUUGUUACAGGAGCUACGUCGAGCAGGAAAGAUCAAAGCUGGCACGAAAUGGAGCCAGAUUAUUCCCUUGAUUCAAGAUGACGAACGUUUCAUCAAUGCCUGCGGCCAGGCUGGGUCAAUGCCAGUGCACCUUUUCUGGGACAUGGUCGAAGAAGAAGAGCGAGCUCUCAGGGGCACCAGGAAUGACGUCCUGGACGUUAUGGAUGACCGGCGUUUCGACUUCACACCGAAGACUACUUUCGAAGAGUUUGUAUCAGUUCUCAAGGAUGAUCGUCGGACUGCUAACGUGGAUCAUGAGGUCAUGUCACUGCUCUAUGAGAGGGUAAAGAAGAAGACCAAACGCGCUUCUGAGGAGGACCGACUUGCUGAGCGUCAGCAACGGAGGGCCAUUGAUGACCUGCGCUCUUUCGUGAAACACCUUGAGCCACCCAUCCUGUCCGAUGAUACCUGGGAGAAGGUGCGUCCCCGCCUUGUGCGUGCUCCGGAGUUCCAGGCCGUCACUUCGGAAGAGGCUCGCCGCGGUGCGUUUGAGAAGGUUCUCCGACGUGUCAAAGAACGUGAGGAGGAAGAUAGAGAACGACAGAAGCGGCGAGAACGCUCGCCUGAUCGCGGGUCUUACCGCGAAAGAGAGCGCGAACGCGACCGUGGUGAUCGUUCGCAUCGCAGCGAUCGGGGACGUCCUUCGCGCCAUAGUCGGAGUCCCGAGCCUGAUGCGUAUGAGGCGGACCGACGCAAGGCGAUUGCCGAAAGAGAAAAGAACUAUCGUAAGUCCAGCAUGGCCGAAAGUCUGGUCUCCGAAAAGCGUGCUUCCGAGCCUCACCGCGAUCGUGAUCGGGAGCGGGACCGCGAAAGGGACCGCAGCGGUCGUGACAGAGAUCGCGAGCGCGACAGAGAUAGGGACAGGGAACGCGAGAGAGACCGCGAUCGGGAGAGAGAGCGUGAUCGUGACCGAGAACGGGACCGUGAUCGUGAUCGGGAACGUGAGCGUGAGCGCGACCGAGACUACUACCCUCGAUCCCGUCGGGACGAGCCUCCAAGCCACUAUGACCGCGAACGGCGAGACCGCGAGGAAGAGCGUGAGAGGCUUUACCGCCGCCGUGUCGAAAAGGCUCCCGUGGAAGAGCUGCCGUAUGGGGAUGAGCGUCCGACCUCUGCUCGACGACGACGGCCAGAGGACGACGACGGCACCGAACGUCGGGAAUCCAGAGACUCCAAGAGGAUCAAGAGAGAACAAACCCCGCGUGAGCGUUCCCCCAAGGCCCAGAAACCCACGUCUCCACUUGCUGUCCAGCCCGUGUCCAAGAAAGAAGAUGACGCUGGCAUGCACUCCGGCAGCGAGGAGGGCGAAAUCGAGGAGGAUUAG